AUGGAGGCAAAGGCCAAGGAGCGCGAGCUGCUUGCCAGGCGAGCUUCUGGCAAGGUUGCCCUGGAUCACGCUAUUGGUGCAGCCGAUCUGUAUAUGCAAGCUGCUUCUCAGGCAUCAAGUCCUGCCGAGAAGUCCCGACUGAAACAGAAAUGCUCAGAAAUGAUCAAGAUGGCCGAGGGUCUCAAGGGCACACCAGCGGCCGUAGACAAUGUCCGCAUCGUCGAGCAGCGGUUGCAAAUGCCACGAAUGGUCAGGGACAUACCCACCAAGGAGAAGAACAUACUGUAUCGUGGCUCCAGGUUACACGGCAAUAUUUUCCCACCGUGGGAGAAUGAUCCAGCCUCGGGCGAGUUCGAAGGCCACUCUUUCAUAGACCCAUCCGUGUAUUCGUUGUCUGACCGGCAGCAAACUAUAUUUGGCGGCUGGAAACGACCUCUCGAGCUGAUUGCAAAGGAUGGCGAGGCGGAGGCCAACACCAUCACCACGCACAUGAUGGAGCCCCAGGACGACUACGACCUUGUACAAGAUGUGACAACAGACUGUUCUGUUGUUGCUAGUCUGUGCGCAAGCAUGAGGCAUCUGCAGUCUGGACCGAAGUCGAUCUUACCGGCACACAUGUUUCCGGCGGAUGUGAACUUUGGGAAGCCAAGGAUAUCAUCGAACGGGAAGUACAUAUUUCGCAUGUACUUCAAUGGCUGCUUCCGUCGCGUUGUGAUAGACGAUCGGCUGCCCUCGUCGUCCAACGAUCGUACCCUUUAUGUCGUUGAUCGCCACAACCCCAAACUUCUCUGGCCAGCUCUGAUGGAGAAAGCUUACCUGAAAGUACGGGGAGGCUACGACUUCCCCGGGAGCAACUCUGGAACAGACCUGUGGGUGUUGACAGGCUGGAUCCCCCAGCAGAUAUUCCUCCAAAGCGAUGAGCUCGAGUUCGACCAUACCUGGAAACGGAUCAAAAAAGCCUAUGAUUUUGGAGAUGUCGUCAUAACACUUGGCACCGGUCGUCUUUCCGUCGACGAAGAAGAGGCUUCUGGUCUUGUUGGUGAGCAUGACUAUGCAGUGCUUGACCUCUCAGAGUCAGGAGACAGCCGCAGAAUGCUUGUCAAGAAUCCGUGGUGCGAUGGGAUGACCUGGAAAGGAGUAGGGUCCUCAGCAGCGUCGGCAAGCUCUGACAGCAGCGAUGGCGAUGCGCGGCCCAAAUUGAAGCCGGGCACAUUCUGGAUCAGCUUCGAUGACGUUGCGCAGAACUUCGAGUCGCUGUACCUGAACUGGAACCCAAGCCUGUUCACCGAGCGCCAGGACCACCACUUCACCUGGGAGCUGCCAGAGCCAACAAUGGCAGGAUCUUUUGCGCACAACCCCCAAUACUCGAUGUCUUCUUCAGCAGAUGGCAUGACCUGGAUUCUCCUGAGCCGGCAUUUCCAGGAUGAGGAACUCGAGAUUGCCCGCAAGCGAGGCACCACGCUGGCUUCGACCUCGAACCAGCUCGGUUUCAUGAGCUUAUACAUAUUCGAGAACAACGGCGCGAGGGUGCAGCUCAGUGACAAGUCGAUAUAUCGGGGACCCUUUGUAGAUUCGCCGCAGACCCUUGCCCCUUUCGAGGCGAAGAAGGGCGUCAAGUAUACGAUAGUGGUGGCCUCUCACGACCUGCCGCUCCCAAAGUACUCAUUCACCCUUUCCUUCUUCUCGCGGAGCUCGCUCACGAUCGACACGGCGGCACACAGUCUGAAGCACUACACCGAGACCAAGAGCAGCUGGACACGGAGAACUGCCGGCGGCAACGCAGGCUCGGCGACCUAUCUCCAGAAUCCCCAGUUUAGCGUCAAGACCUCCCAGACGGGUCCGCUGUCUCUCCUCCUCUCCACGUCUCGCGAGGAACUCCAUGUACACAUUGACCUCGUCUGGGCCAAUGGGCAGCGCGUCACGGCCGUGACGGUUCGUGAUCUCGUAGCGACAUCUGGCGAAUACCGCCGCGGCUGCGCCCAGGCCUGCGUCCCCUCCCUCGAAGCAGGCACCUACACCAUUGUGUGCUCGACCUACGAGCCGGGAGCCCUGGCCGAUUUCACGCUCCGCAUAGGAUCCAACGCUGCCUGUGUCGUGGCCCCAGUCCUGGCCGAUGCCGCCGGCCGCCUGCGCACAAGGCUCCCCGACCUGGCCCUCCCCGCGGGUGGCGAGCUCACCCAGAGGGCGCCAGUCACAGUUGCGCGGCUCUCCCGCGCCAGCUUCGUCAUCACCCGCAAGCACAAAACCCUUGUCGGCGGCGGCGGCGGCAGCAGCGCGAGCGGCAGCACGAGCAACACCGGCAGCGGCGCCGGAGGGACGGGGACCCCACGAGCUCACCCUACCGUGCGGGUCCGUCUCGAGUCCGGCCGCGGGCCCGACAGAACCAUGAUCCCCCUGACCAGCGGCGACGGUCGCGAGUUCAAGGAGGUCGGCCUGGGCGGGCUGCGCACCGCCGAGGUCGACAUCGACCCGCGCCUGACGCGGUCUCGCGAUGGCUUGUGGCUGGUGGUCGAGCAGCACAUGAUGGGCGCGUCCCCGCGCAUGUAUGGCGACGAUGGGCUCACGGUCGAGCUGCUGAGCGACGGCCACGUCGGCGUCGGGCCGUGGGAGGUGCUCGACGACUGA